AUGUCAGUACUUUCUGAUCAGUGCUUUAAAUAUGAAAAAUUAACACUUUUGAUGAAAACCUUGUCUACUCAUUCUCAGUCGCUUUCUGAAGUACCUAAUAUUACAAAGAAAUUCAAUGAAUUAUCUACAAAGUUUGAUAAUAUAAAUAAGCGUCUUGAUGAUUUGCAUGAUAAACAAUCUGAGACAAAAGACCAAGUAGACAAAUUAACCUCGGAUUUAACUAAAAAUUCAAAAACAAUAAAAGAAUUGAAAUCCAAAGUUGAAAAGCUUAAAGAUGAAACUAUAGCAAAUUCGCAAGCUUUAUCUGGAAAAAUUGCGGCAAUAACGUCGCAGAUAUUGAUGACUUCCUCGACCGUCGUUCAACAAACAUUAGAACUAAUCAUCUCCGGCGUUCCAGAACCAGUGGCAACGGAAUUAUCACCUUCAGACAUUGCUGAUAAAGUUUUCGAAGUGCUAAACAUUACUAAUUUGAAACAAGAUAUAUUAAGUAUACGUAAAAUAGAUAAGAAAUCAAAUUCUACUAGUAGUGACAGAAAUGCUAAUAUAAAUAAUGAUAGAAAUAAACCUAUCUCGUAUUCUUAUGUACUUAAACUUAAGUCACCUCAAAUCCGUGAUUUUAUCAUAGAAUCCAGACGUAAAUUAAAAAUCUUACCUAUCAAAAAAGUCUUUUCAACUAUUGUCGGUGAUUCUUAUAGAGCAUCACUAGACGAAUUUGCACCCUUGAGAAUACGCAAAGUCACUAAAUCCCCAAACCCGUGGUUAACUAAAAAGUUAAAAAAUAAAUGCUUCCGUAAGCAUCAUGGCACACAAUCUGCUUUAUUAAAACUUAUAAAUGAUAUUAAUAGUAGUAGUAGUAGUAUGGAUACUGGCAAACUAACACUAUUAGUUCUCUUUGAUUUAACAAAAGCAUUUGAUUAUGUAAACCCGAGAGUAAUAUUGAGCACUUUGAUAGAGCUUGGAUUUUCCGUCAAAACUAUAAGCUGGUUUUUCUCAUACUUAACGAAUAGAAGUCAAGCAGUCUUGAAUGAUGAUGGUUUACCAACUGAAUUCUUAAAAACUACGUCUGGUGUACCUCAAGGCUCAGUCUUAGGACCCAUUCUGUUUCUGUUGGUCAUGAAUUCAGUUGCAAAACGGCUCAUAUAUUCAAGACACGGACUAUUUGCAGAUGACAAGUACAUUUAUCUACACUUUCAUUAUUAUCAGUUAUACGAUGCAAUCAGACAAAUAACUACUGAUGCUCAAGCUGUUGCUGAUUGGGCUAAAAACAAUGGUCUAGAAAUCAAUGUAACAAAAACAAAAGCUAUGCUCUUAGGCUCGAGUGGAAAAUUAAAAAAUAUUCAACAUAACUUUUUACCACCUAUUGUUGUUAAUGGUAUAGCAAUUCCCUUUACAGAGUCGGCCAAGUGUCUGGGACUUCACAUUACAAAUACACUGUCUUGGAAUCUUCAUACGUCAAAAACAAUCAGUAAAAUAAAUUCAGCAUUAUAUAGUCUUAAAUUAAGAAAGAGCAUUUACACGACCGAUAUCAAAAGAUUAUUAGUGUCAGCUAUACUUACCUCUUACCUCUUGUCGAUUAUUGUUCUAUAUUGUUAA